GAAGCGGCUCUGGCGCGAGGACCGUAAACUUCCGGCCGGGGUGUCGGGGGACAGUCAGCAGAAUCGGCGCGACAGAAGCGGGUCUGGCUGCCUCAGGGAGCGGAGAGAUGGCGCUGGCCUGCAGGCUGUAGGUGCUGAUGCUUCUUACUGGUAAAGAUGCCAUCCCGAACUAACCUGGCAGCUUCGAUCCCCAGCAGCAAAGUGAAAUAUUCCAAGCUUGCAAGCACAGAUGAAGGCUACAUUGACCUUCAGUUCAAGAGGAGCCCCCCCAAGAUCCCCUACAAGGCCAUUGCUCUGGCCACUGUGCUGUUCCUGAUUGGCACCCUUCUCAUUAUCAUUGGGGCUCUGCUCCUGGCAGGAUACAUCAGCAAAGGAGGAACCGAUCGAGCGAUCCCUGUCCUGAUCAUCGGAAUCCUAGUCUUCCUUCCUGGCUUCUAUCAUUUGCGUAUUGCGUAUUUUGCUUCCAAAGGCUACAGGGGCUAUUCCUAUGACGACAUUCCUGAUUUUGAUGACUAGAAGAUGGCAGAACACAGAUUUUUCUUAGGAAGAGAAGUUUUUGCAAGUUUUGCAAAAAAGCAAACCACAAAAUGAAAAUGGGGGUUUCUGCAGAAUUUCCUUUUGAUUUAGGGGAGAAUGUUGCCACAUCAUGCAAAACAAAUCAUGUGAGCAGCUGUCACGGGAAACAUGUUUUCUUUGAGAUGGGAAGUUAUUUCUGGGCAGCAAAUGCAGCUGUGCCUCUUAGCCCAGUUCCAUAUGGAGACACGUGAGCUUAAGGGGGAGGAAGAAACUCGGGUGUUUUUGUUUCGGUUUUUUCUAAGUCUGUUGGUAUUUCUUCUGAGUUGACUUUUUAUCUAGAGCUGAACAUCUGCAAAGCAAGAACUGGAAUUAGUUGCUAAUGAUUGAGUGACCAAGAAAUCCGUUCAGGCAGGCAGUCUAGCAAUUUGACCUUUUGAGGAGCCGGUCAGAAUUUAAGGAAAAUAGACGGUGGCUUUUAACACCACCUAGAACACGACAUUUUCCAAGAAGCCCAAUUACUAGUCCUUGCUGAUACUUUGCUAAACUCUUUUGUGAAAACUGUUGUAGAAUCCCGAGAGCACAAAUCUGGAAGUGGUGUGUAGCUGUCGUGACUCAGGCUGCAAGAUACUGCCAUUCACUCCUGGGAACUGCCCCCGGGCUGGUUCAACAUAAAACUAAGCGAUACAUAAAAAUAGAGAAAAGACUGAAAACCCAGAAAAUAAAAUCUCCGGCUUGGGGGGGGGGAGAGAAGCAUGUCCUCCAUGGCAUACACACACUGUUUCCUCCGACAAAAUAUUUCAUUUUUGUGGGUGAUCCAAAGUACACCAAAGUGGACACACCUCUGUCUGGCUGACCCAGAUUAGAUCAGUUCCAACCCCUACUAAAGUCUCUUUCCCAGGUACCAUGCCAAAAGGUUUCCUAUUACAUCUCCCCCCCCCCCAGGCAGAAUUCAAAAACUGUUGUCAAGUGGGACACAACUAUUCAAAGAUGCUGUAGUUGUCUGUUCCGUCCACUGUCUAAAUCAGCUUUUCUCAAACUGGUGCCCUCUGGACGUUUUGUCUACAGUGUCCAUCAGCCCCAGCCAGUCCAUGCAAGAUUGAUGAGAGCUGUAGGACAAAGUACCUGGAGGGCUUCAUCUUUUAGCGGAGGCUGGUCUAAAUGCUAUGCAGUGUUCCUGAACUGUAUACAUAGAAAAAUCCUAGUCUGCGUAACAAGAGUUCCUUUUGUUUUGUCUAAACCUCUGCUUAAGUCUGGAUUCCACGCUAGGUUUACACAGCUUUUAGAAUGCAAAAGAGGAUGUAUGCAAUGAGAUUUUAAUUUGUGCUUGCAGAAUAUGUAAUUAAUAUAAAUAAAGAACAUACAAUAUUCUA